AUGGCGACCGGAGCCACCUCCUUAAUCCGGCGAACCUCCCUUCUCAUCCUCCUUCUCGCCGCCUCCUGCGCCGCUCCGCGCUUUGCCUCCGCGAGCCAGCUGGGCGACGGCUAUUGGUUCGCAGUGGGAAGCCAGAUUCUGGAUGAGGCGGGCCGCGUGGUGCAGUUCUCUGGGGUCAACUGGAACGGAUUCGACGCCGCGAAUUGCGUCGCUGACGGGCUAUGGGCGCGCGGGCUCGGCGAUUACUUGGACCAGAUGGCGUCGCUCGGGUUCAACGUUAUUCGCCUCAACUUCGCCACGUCGUGCAUUUCGCCGUCAAUUCGCCCGACAGACGGGUCCAUCGACUUCAAGAAAAACCCGGAACUCGAGGGUCUAUCGACUCUCGAGGUGAUGGAUGCGGUGAUCGCGGGAGCGAAGCUUCGCGGGAUCCGCGUAAUCCUCAGCAACUCGCGCGUCAGCCCCGCACUUCCGCCCGACUACGCCGCGGACGCGGGGCUGUGGUUCGACCUGGGGAACCCGGAGCGCGUGUGGCUCGAUAACUGGAACCUGCUCGCGUCGCGCUACUACGGCGAGCGCACCGUGGUCGGCGUUGACCUGUUCAACGAGCCGCACCGCGACCCGUCGCAUCCGGACGUCACGUGGGAGGCGGACGGCGUGAACGAGCCGUACAACUGGCGCACGGCGGCUAAGAGAGCCGCGGACGUGGUGCAGGCGGUGAACCCGGACCUGCUCAUCUUCGUGCAAGGCCUGGACGGAGACGACUGCUGGUGGGGAUCGAACCUGCGACCUGUCUAUUUCUACCCGCUCAAGCUCAACAUCCCCUACAAGCUCGCCUACUCCAUCCACGACUACGGCCCCAUGGUCAAAGACGGGCAGCCGUGGCUGUACGACCCCGCGUUUCCCGCGAAUCUGGAGGGGUAUUGGGACGAGCUGUGGGGGUAUGUGGCGGAUCAGGGCAUCGCGCCAGUGUGGGUGGGCGAGUGGGGGAGCAUGCUGCCGGUGGACGGAACGGACCAGCUGAGUCAACGCGAGAUGAAGUGGGUCGCCGCGCUUAGAAACUACAUUAGGAAGAAGCAGCUGUCGUGGACGUGGUUCACGUGGGGACCCAACUCGAAGGACACGGGCGGCAUUCUCAAGGAGGACUGGGACACGGUGGAGCAGGGCAAGCUGGAGGUGAUGUCAGAGGUCAUGCACCCCGCCUACGGCCCCGCUAUUGGUGACCGCCCGCCCGUGCCGCCACGCCAUGGGCUGCUGCUGGUGUAUGCGCCGGAGAACGCCACUGGGAUCAGCACGCCUGUUGCUGCACCCAAGCAGCGGCCAGGGUCAGACUCAUACUUCAAAGCAAGCCCGCCUUUCGCCAAGGCCUCGUGGCUACUCCUUGCAAUCACAGCGAGUGCAUGGUUGCUGCUACUAAUGGUCGCCGCUUGA